GCCGGUCCCUCCCCGUCGGCUUCCUUCGCCGCCCCCGCCCCCCUCCUCCGAAAAGCCCUGCGGUUCCGAGAGGACUUCACUCCCGCACGCCGACCUCCCGGAGGGUGCCCGGCCUCCUCGGACUCCUCCGUCGUUGCUGGUCCAACUCCCUCAGCCCUCCACCUCCUCACCCGGGUCAGGGGAUCCGCGGGGGCCGCCUCCCCCCACGUCCCCCAGGAGACGCCCAUUCCCUGUGCGCCCGGGACUUGGUGAAACUUUGCAGGCGCCAGCGGUGAAAUGGAUUUAAUCCGGGGCGCCUUGCUCCGGCUCUUGCUCCUGGCUUCCAGCCUCGGACCCAGCGCAGUGGCGCUCAGAGCGGCUCUCCGAAAGCCAGGCAAGGUGGAGCCUCCUCUCGAUAUCAUGCUCUUUCCGUUGAACUGCACAGCUUUCAGCAUCCAGUGGAGAAUGCCAAGGCAUCCUAGGAGCCCCAUCAUUGGCUAUACUGUCUUUUACUCCGAGGUUGGUGUGGAUAAAUCCCUGCAGGAGCGGUCACAUCCUGUGCCACUCAGCCAGGACUCUGCGGCCCCAAAACAGUCUGAUCAUCGGGUGAUGUUUGAGGAAGUGAUCAGAGAUUUGAAACCAGGCACUGAAUAUCAAGUGAGCAUAGCAGCUUACAGCCAGACUGGCAAAGGGCGGCUUAGCUCUCCUCGGCAUGUUACCACUUUGCCUCAAGAUUCCUGCCUGCCUCCCACAGCGCCCCAGCAGCCGCACGUCACUGUGGUCUCUGAUUCUGAGGUGGCCCUGUCUUGGAAACCUGGAAAGAGUGAAGGAAGCUCCCCCAUUCAGUACUAUUCUGUAGAAUUCAUCAGACCAGAUUUGGACAUGAGUUGGACCUUAAUUCAAGAGCACAUCCAGAUGGACUCCAUGGUUAUCAAGGGCUUGGAUCCGGAUACCAACUACCAGUUUGCAGUGAGGGCUGUGAAUCGCCACGGCCACAGCCCGCACAGCCAGCCCAGCGACACCAUCAGGACCUUCUGCCGCGAGGAAGCAGGAAGUGGCCGCUAUGGAUCCCGUUAUACAAUCGACACGGGAGUUGGUGAGGAUGAUGACGGGUUUGAAGACUACUUAGAUUUGGAUAUUUCCUUUGAGGAGGCGAAACCACUUCCUGUUCUCAAAGGAGGAAAUAGGAAAUUUUUGGCGGAAUCCAAGAUGGCACUCAGGUCAAACCCAAAGACUGCUCCAAGGCUUGGCCCCCCUACCCUAGCAUCUCUCCCAAUGACUACAGUGGCUCCCCAGCGCACUCCAGUGGAGAGGAAAGGGAAGAAUGGUGUGCUUAUAAUGCCAAGGCUCUUUGACAUGUCUUGUGAUGAAACGCUCUGCUCUGCUGAUAGCUUUUGUGCCAAUGACUACAGCUGGGGGGGCUCGCGGUGCCAUUGCAACCUGGGCAAAGGUGGUGCAAGCUGCUCAGAAGAUAUUGUUAUACAGUAUCCCCAGUUCUUUGGCCACUCCUAUGUAACUUUUGAGCCUCUGAAGAACUCCUAUCAGGAAUUUCAAAUUACUCUUGAAUUUAGGGCAGAGGCGGAGGAUGGCUUAUUGCUCUACUGCGGGGAGAAUGAACACGGGAGGGGCGAUUUCAUGUCUCUGGCCAUCAUCCGACGCUCCCUCCAGUUCAGGUUUAACUGUGGAACUGGGGUUGCCAUCAUUGUAAGUGAAAGCAAAAUCAAACUAGGGGCCUGGCACACGGUUAUGCUCUACAGAGAUGGGCUCAAAGGACUGCUGCAGCUGAACAACGGCACCCCGGUGUCAGGCCAGUCCCAGGGCCAGUACAGUAAAAUUACCUUCCGGACGCCCCUCUAUCUUGGUGGGGCUCCCAGCGCAUACUGGUUGGUCAGAGCAACAGGAACAAACAGAGGCUUUCAAGGCUGUGUGCAGUCGCUCACCAUUAAUGGGAAGAGUAUCGACAUGAGGCCCUGGCCCCUAGGGAAGGCACUCAGCGGGGCCGACGUGGGGGAAUGCAGCGGCGGACUCUGCGACGAAGCUUCGUGUAUCAAUGGUGGCACCUGCACGGCAGUCAAAGCCGACUCCUACAUUUGCCUCUGUCCCCUUGGAUUUAAAGGGCGACACUGUGAAGACGCUUUCACCCUGAUCAUUCCUCAAUUCAGCAAGUCCCUGAGGUCCUAUGCUGCAACUCCCUGGCCGCUGGAGCCCCAGCAUUACCUCUCCUUCACGGAGUUUGAGAUCACGUUUCGGCCGGACUCGGGUGAGGGCGUCCUCCUCUACAGCUAUGACACAGCCAGCAAAGACUUCCUGUCUAUCAACAUGGCGGGGGGCCACGUGGAGUUCCGCUUUGACUGUGGCUCUGGGACCGGUGUUCUCAGGAGUGAAGACCCCCUCACCCUGGGCCACUGGCACGAGCUGCAUGUGUCUCGCACAGCAAAGAAUGGGAUCUUACAAGUGGAUAAGCAGAAGGUGGUGGAAGCAAUGGCAGAGGGAGGCUUCACACAGAUUAAGUGCAACACGGACAUUUUUAUUGGUGGAGUCCCGAAUUAUGAUGACGUGAAGAAGAACUCGGGCAUCCUGAUGCCGUUUAGUGGGAGCAUCCAGAAGAUCAUCCUGAACGACCGCACCAUCCACAUGAAGCACGACUUCACGCGGGGCGUGAACGUGGAGAACGCAGCCCACCCCUGCGUGGCGGGGCCCUGCGCGCACGGGGGCAGCUGCCGGCCCAGGAAGGAGAGCUAUGAGUGCGACUGUCCCCUGGGCUUCGAGGGGCUGCACUGCCAGAAAGCCAUCACAGAAGCCAUCGAGAUCCCGCAGUUUAUGGGCCGUAGUUACCUGGUCUAUGACAACCCAGAUAUCCUCAAGAGGGUAUCCGGAUCAAGAUCAAAUGCAUUCAUGAGGUUUAAGACAACUGCCAAAGAUGGUCUGUUGAUGUGGAGGGGAGACAGCCCCAUGAGACCCAACAGUGACUUCAUUUCCUUGGGCCUUCGAGAUGGAGCCCUGGUGUUCAGCUAUAACCUGGGCAGUGGCGUGGCGUCCAUCAUGGUUAAUGGGUCCUUCAGUGAUGGUCGGUGGCACCGAGUCAAGGCUGUUCGGGAUGGCCAAUCCGGAAAGAUAACUGUGGAUGACUAUGGGGCCAGAACAGGCAAAUCACCUGGCAUGAUGAGGCAGCUCAACAUCAAUGGAGCUCUGUAUGUGGGUGGAAUGAAGGAAAUCGCUCUGCACACUAACAGGCAAUAUAUGCGAGGCCUUGUGGGCUGUAUUUCUCAUUUCACCCUGUCCACUGAUUACCACAUUUCCCUCGUGGAAGAUGCCGUGGAUGGGAAAAACAUCAACACCUGUGGAGCCAAGUAAGCCCAGCUGGGCUUGCCCAAGGGACACAGCCUUCUCUGCUGAGAAUCCCCGGGGCCCCGCGACCCUGCCUGCUGCUGCACACGGAGGCAUGGCGGCCAGGUGUGUUUCUUCCCAUCAAGGAGAGAGUACCCCCUGAUGAGAAACUAGAACCAAGACAGGAGUCCCUGUGUGGCCUUUCCUGCUGACACUCUGUAGGCCAAACCUAACGGAAUACUCUGUGUAGGAAGCGUCGAACUUUGUCCAUUGAAUGUGCAGGGGCUGCCAGAGAUCACACAUCAAUGCAAAUUCCAGAGCCUAUCUGCUGUAGCUCAGUGACUGUGUUGUGAUUCAUGGUGAAUAAAAAACGAAAGAAAAAAAAAAAUAGAGACCCAAAGGGCAGUAUUAAAAUACUUCCCUCCUUCCCUGACUCAUGACACUUUUACUGACAGCAGAAUGACUAUUUGACCUUGAACCUUGAAUUUCUCACCUUGGCCCAUGAAUUAUUUAGGAUUAAUCCCUUCCACUCCUCAGUGGCUGGUUCAGUAUGCUCUGACUAUUCCAUGAAAAUCAGGAGGAGGGGAGACUAGGCAUGGAGUCACAGAACGCUGCCCCCACCAAAGUUUACCUUUAAUGAAAACUCUCUACUUUUUAUAAUGCAAAUCGAAGAAAACAGGCACCAUGAUUUUGUAGAUGUCUUUUUGUAUGUGUAUAUUUUUAUAGCUGCAGAUUGUCCACACAGUAUACUUUUGCAAGUUUGUGUGGACAACCCUGAAUUCUUUGCACACUUCCUAAAAAUCUUCCCCCAGAAAAGACUUGUUUGGGCCCUUCAUGGCAUCCUCCGGAGUGGGGUAGUUAUCUCGGGGUGGGCAGCUUAGGGAGGCUGACUCUUCUCUUGCAGUAAAUGUUGAUGGCUCAAGGAGAUGAACAUGAAGCUUCCCACAUAAGCAGAUUAACAGGGACAUGUGUUACGGAGGAGGGUCACUGUCAUAUUUGCUUUAAGAGAGGGGGAACGUCUGUAGUGAAUCUGAAUAAAGGAGAUGGAGAAGGCUA